UAAUGUUCCAGGAGACUGGGAGGCAGAAGUGGCAGGCAGGCAUACUGCAGUGCACCUUAAAACUGGGUUCAACUAGCUGAGCCAGCAGUGGGUUAACUCCAGCUUCUGCAAUUCUUUUUGGAGCCGAGGAAAUUUGAAGCAAGCCAGUUGCUAAAGGAAAAAAAAAGAAACUUUCUGUUUUUGGGGGGAGGUGGAAAAGUUUGUAAAAAGUUGGUGAAAGUUUGCCCCAGCUGCGAUGUUGGGAUUGUGAGUGCCUGUGGUUUGGGAGGGGAGGGGGGAGGUGGUUUUGUUGGAGAGGUGUGUGGAAGUUAUGGCUGUAUAUACUCUGACCGGCUUCUCCUUGCUUAGUUUAUUGUCUUUCGGUUAUUUGUCCUGGGAUUGGAUGAAGCCGGGUUUAAACGGGAAGAAAGUGCCCAGCCUGGAUAAGGGCAGUGCCAGGGCGAAGCCUCAUAUUGUCUUCAUCCUGGCGGAUGACCAGGGUUUUCAUGAUAUCGGGUACCACAAUUCAGACAUCCAUACUCCGACCAUGGACCAACUGGCCGCCGAGGGGGUGAAACUGGAGAAUUACUACAUCCAGCCCAUCUGUACCCCGUCCAGGAGUCAGCUCAUUACUGGGAGGUAUCAGAUCCAUACUGGCCUGCAGCACUCCAUCAUUCGGCCCAGACAACCCAACUGCUUGCCCCUCGACCAGGUGACCCUGCCCCAGAAGCUGCAGGAAGCCGGCUAUUCCACGCACAUGAUUGGCAAGUGGCACCUGGGCUUCUACAAGAAGGAGUGCCUCCCCACGAGGAGAGGCUUCGAUACCUUCUUUGGCACCUUGACCGGCAGCACCGACUACUACACCUACGACAACUGCGAUGGCCCCGGCGUCUGCGGCUUUGACCUCCACGAUGGCGAGAACGUGGCCUGGGAGUACAGCGGGAAGUACUCCACCUCUCUCUACGCCCAGAAGGUGACGAAGAUCCUCGCCACGCACAGCCCCAAGGAGCCCCUGUUUAUCUACGUGGCCUUCCAGGCCGUACACACCCCGCUGCAGUCUCCGAAGGAAUACAUCUAUCAGUACAGGUCCUUCGGAAACGUGGCUCGGAGGAAAUAUGCUGCCAUGGUCACCUGCAUGGAUGAGGCCAUCAAGAACAUCACCUUGGCCCUCAAGAGGUACGGCUAUUACAACAACAGCCUCCUCAUCUUCUCAACCGAUAACGGAGGACAGCCUUUCUGGGGGGGUAGCAACUGGCCUCUCCGAGGCCGCAAAGGCACCUACUGGGAAGGGGGCAUCCGAGGCCUUGGCUUUGUCCACAGCCCUUUGAUCAAGAAGAAGAGGCGGGUGAGCAAGUCACUGAUGCACAUCACGGACUGGUACCCCACCCUGGUGUCGCUGGCGCGGGGCAACAUGACGGAGAGCCCACCUCUCGACGGGUACAAUCUCUGGCCGACCAUCAGCGAAAGCAAGAGGUCUCCCCGCACCGAGAUCCUGCACAACAUCGACCCCUUGCACAGCCAUGCCAAGUUCGGCUCCUGGGAAGAAGGGCACAACCUCUGGAAUACUGCCAUCCAAGCCGCCAUCAGGGUGGGAGAUUGGAAACUGCUAACCGGGGACCCAGGCUACAGUGAUUGGAUCCCACCGCAGACUCUACCCACUCUCCCAGGAAGUUGGUGGAACCUUGAGAGGCAGCGGGCGGGUCACCGGAGGUCAGUGUGGCUCUUCAACAUCACCGCAGACCCUUACGAGCGCGAGGAGGUCUCCAGUAAGCACCCAAAAGUGGUCAAGAAGUUGCUGGCCAGGUUAGCUUAUUAUGACAGCACCUCCAUCCCAGUGAGGUAUCCAGCUGAUGACCCCAGAGCUAAUCCAGAACUCAACGGGGGCGCCUGGGGACCCUGGGCAAGUGAGGACGAGGAGGAUCAGCAGGAGAACGGGGUAGUGAAACAUAAAAGCAAGAAAAAGUCCUGCAAGAUUUGCAAGCUGAAAUCAUUCUUCAAGAAACUGAACACACGGAUAAUGUCCAACAGGAUAUAAUGAAUCAGGAGAAACGACUGUGUACAUUUGUGCGUGUGAGAUCGACAAUGAGCUCACCGUUUUGGGGUCUGUCGGUAAAAAUGUUGACUUCCUUAUGAAUUAUUUUGGUUGCUUCCCAUGCAGUUUACAUCGGGAUACGAACCUGUCUGCCUCCAGAUUUUUCCACACUGCUUCUCCCCCCUCUUCCCUCUCUCAAAUCCAGCACUGGGAUUUGAUUUUUAUCAACACACAUUGCACAGUCUCGGUUUGCAUUCCCUUCAGCACAGAAAGGAAUGAUCCAGUUGAGGUGUUAAAUACAUUCAAAGAGUUUAAUAGUUUCUCUAUAUCCUCCUAUUUCUUCCAGGGGGUGGUGCAGAGUUGUGGAACAAGGAGAAACAACGUGAAAAUGAGAAUGAGUCUGCCAAGGGGAUCCUCUGUGUUCUCCUUUGUGUGCUCCUGUGUGGGACAUUCGGGGGUUUGUACACUGAUUGCAGCUUGUGAAAGAUCUCAUACAUACCUUUUCUGAUGAAGGGUCUAGGCCCGAAACGUCAGCCUCUCUGCUCCUAUGAUGCUGCUUGGCCUGCUGUGUUCAUCCAGCCCUGCACCUUGUUGUCUCAUACAUAAUGCUGUUGUGACCAUUAUGAGUGUACGCUCGGCUGUCGGUGGGUUGAGUUCCAAAAGGUUCUUCCAUUGAUUUAACCGUGUAAGGGCAUCCUGUCCCAUUGUGGUUACCUCUCUGUCAGACUCCACUAGUUUGUUUCAACCAACUGUUCUCUUUCAGCUCAAAUUGUUCUGUUCAAUUCAGCAGGCAAACUGCAAUUUCAAACAUCGAUGUAAUUGCCGAGGUUUGCACCCAUCCAGUUUGCACAUGACAAACUGGUUUAACCCUUUCCAUUAACCCUUUGCCUACUGCAGCGACACCAGCGUCCUAAGAGUGAAUAGAAUUAAGAAAACAGGGCACUUGUUUGAACCUUGGUGGAGCGAAAUGUUCAUUUCUCCAGUUGGCAUUGUUUCUAUCAGACAAAUGAUGAGAUUGUCUGUUAAACGGGUUGGAUUUAAAGAGUGAGUAACCCAAAUGCAAUUUAAUUGUCAGUGUAAAACCUGAAGUUCAGUUGAGUGACUCAGUUGGGGCUAUUCUGAUACUGUGGAAUUCUUGGGAAAUAAAUAAAGUCAACCAAUUAUUUUUUAAAA